UGAUCAAGAUAAAUGCUGAUCAGAUGCGGGCAAGGAUGCGGGGAUGAGCGAGACCAAUGUCGACUGUAAACAAACGUUGAACUUUUCUCGCUUCUAACUGAGGUGAAUAUGAUUGGAGCCUCGAGUUUUUCUCUUCUCAUAAUCGCCGUGGUUGUGCUUACUCAUGGAGCAUCCAACAACAAGGCGAAGCCCCCAAACGACGUGAAAUUCUGUCCGGAGCAUCCAGACAUCGUGGUAGAAACGAGACUCGAUCAGACCGGCUUUCACAGGGAACUUCGCAUUGCGAUUCACGCACGGAACAAACCAAAGUCCAAAGGGAGGCCUCCAGUGUUGCUGCUCGACCAGGCCGUGCCUUCGGGCGCCUUCGCCGAUCCACACCAACUCAGACUGCUUGACGAUGGUGACGCGGAGUUUGCUGUUCCGGACCGGGUAGACGUGGAGGGGCUGCAACACGAGGCCAGUCCUCACCGGGUCUUUGUGUUUGUCGCCCUCAAUUCGAGCCAGUCCGACGUGCUCUUGCCAGUGCACCUGAGGUACCACCGCGCCCGCCACUGCCACAAGGAGGGCGCCUUCAGCACCGUCAUUCUUCGUCCGCCGGCAUUCCACUUCAGGUUCCCAGACUCGGAGUUUGCAGACGACUGCGAGGAACUGCAUAGGCUUCCCUGCAGCCACUAUGACCUGGAGAAGACGUGCGCCUGGAAGCGGUUUCACAUUGACGGGGUGGGAGACCUCCAGGCGGAGGUGCCCGUCGGGUGCCUGGAAGACAGCUUCGUGGUGUCCACCGUCACGCUAGUCACAUACAGUCUGUGUUCCGUCGCCGUGGCCUACUUCGUCGUCAUCCACGGAAAGAAGCGGCGCCCGGACUAGAUCAGAGUCACUAAACGGGCCACGCUUGGAAUACCGACGACCCGUUCCCCCUCCUAAUGGGUGCCGCCAUUUUGUUACCUCGUGCAGAGCAAGGGCAAUAGACCCUUCAAAACCCUCUCAUUGGGCAACACGGGCGGUCCCCACUGCUCGGGCACGAAGUGCGUGGUUGGAUUGACGUCAUCGAUGAAUGACGACGCAGUGCUCGUCUUCGACGCAAGCCGACCUCGCGCCGAACGGUGACGCAGCUCUCGCACACAAUUCGCCUUUUGUCGCGGGAGUUGAAACUCGGUAACGCUGGCAAAUGCUUUACUAGGGGAAUACGGGACUCUCUUCUCGUUUUGAUUAGACAGAAUGACGGCGGUGUUGAAUCCUCCCCUGGUGGAGUGGUUUACUUGGCGAUGCCUUCCCCCCCCCCCUUCCAUCUCCUCUUGCCGCUUGCCCCAGGACACGCGAAGGCGACUCCUUCAAAUGCUGUGCGGUUGACGGGGCCGCGGAUGCAAAGACUGUAGCAGUGCCGCCGUCAUGUGCGUUUUUCCGUUGUCGACCUUUUUGACGUAUUCUCAGGGAGUGUCCCGAUUCCCCUUGUAAAGCGUUUGGCGUCAGUGUGCAGACAGCCCUGAAACAUGGUGACUGGACAUCCCGUUUUAGAGGUUUAUUUCUGUUGUCCAGACUUCUAGGUCUAACGAAGCCUCAUAUCCCGGUUUCAUGGAAAAGUGCACAAUGGUCGCAAAUAGUGCUAAGCGAACGGAUGAAAAUUGAAAAAAAUGCAUACUUGUCACAGACGCAAAUGCUAUAAAAAUAAGCAUACCAUGAAACAUACCGUAGUUGCGUCUGGUCAUACAUUUUGCACAUAAACGUGUGUGCGGGAGACUCGUAUAUUACUGAAUUUGACAGACUUCUGCUGGCAAUAUUUAUUCCUCAUUGAUAAAAAAUAGAAGAAAACCACUUGUGAUCUCGAGGAAGAACCUUCGAAAAAUAUGCGCGUUUAUAUUUCAGUGAAGCGGACCUUUUUUUUUUCCACCUCCUCCGUGUCCAGUUUUUUUUUACUCCG